CCGUCGCUGGCACUCGUUUAAACGAGCCGGGCUUAGAAAACGCGCGCAUUCGCGAUAAAUUCAAAAAGUUCAAUUAAAAUUCAAAUCAAACAUCAAAAUAAAUAUUAUUUCAACAUCAUGUUCAUCUAAUACACAGUGUAGUAAAUAUUAAAAUAUCAAAAUUAUUAUUAAUAUAAAUUAAAAUUAUUGAAUUAUAAAAUUAUUGUGUUGUGUGUAUUUUUUGUUUGUUUUGACAGUUAAAAGUUAAAGUGGCGGUAUAGUGAUUGGAAAAACGUGAUUGUGUGCAUUGGAUAUUGUGCGUGCUGUUUGAAUAGGGCCGAGGAUAAUAAAGCGCGAGCAAAGGAAGAGUCUUUGGAGGCGGCGUCUUAAUUGAGUGGCGGCGCCCGGCGUGAUUGCCGUUAAUUGGAAGGCGCGACAUGUGGCCCGAAAUUAAUUAACACCACGCUCGGCCGGCGCGAUAUUAAUUAAAGAAAGAUGAAGUCGUCGAAAUACACGCAGGCAACUAGCCCAAUGGACAAUGAUUACAGGGAUUAUCAGAAUAUCGGGACAAUUAUACCCAACGAACCCAAUCUGAACCAUACACGUUAUGAGAAUAGCGAAGAGCUUCUCCUGAACCAUUUUGAUUACCGCUGUAACCAUCAACAGGCUACUCAACCACCAAACCAUCAAAACCAUCAAAAUCAUCAUCAUGAACGCAAUGCGAAUAGUAUAACCACGCGAGCUGAAGAUUUCGACACUAGAUGUCAGUGUAACCCACCCCCACCACCUCCCAACGUCCGCCAUGCUCACUCCCAUCAUGCGGGUGGUCGUUUCAAGCAGUAUAACAGCGAUCAGAACAUCCCGCACAAUCUCGCCAUGUCCCUGACCAAGCUUGAUAACGCUGGUAGUCAAUUCAGCCUGGAUCGAAAAGCGAAUCGACCCGGGAGUGGCGCUGGCAACAAGAAGCAUACUUAUACAUGUGAACAGAACCAGAAGAUUCUGCAGAAGCUCGAGAUGAAGCGGAUGCGUUCGCCGGAGGUGAUUAACGUGCAUCGCGGCACGCCGACCCUCCUCUACGAUCCGCACUGUGACAUUGGCGGCGUGACGAUUUACGACGAUUACGGCUUCCGCGGCAGUGGUGCAACCCCAGUGCCCGCACCGCUAUCCAACACAAAUGUGGCUGGUGGUGCUGCUAGUGGUGGUGGUGGGAGUGCACGAGGGACUCUCAAGAGACAACAGAUGGAGCGAUUGAAUGGUGGAACAAAACAGAGACGUCCUGCUGAUGGAAUGGACUCUGAAAUGGAUGAUCCUGAGUUGAUUUUUGAAGUGGACCAACUACGUUUGGGGGAAUGUCCGUGCGCAUGCGAACAUGUCAUCUACGGACCUGGAUAUACCAACUGUCUACAGGACGAACGUUUCCCGCCCGCGCCGGACGUGACGCGACGCCUGGGGACGCUGACGCCGCUCGGGAAGGCCGACACGCCUCCGUACUAUCGUGCGGCGUCCGCCACCAACAGCUCCAGCACGCAGUCAUCCAGAGUUGAUUUAUCACCCCGCCAUUGGUAUAUCAUAGUAACAGUACUGCUAUUCGCCGCUGCGGCCGGUGUUGGCGUUCCGAUCGCUUUGAAAAUAAACGCCGGAGCUUCCCUGGACGAACGCCUCGAGAUCGCAGCUCGUUUACUGCAAGAAGUGCCUCUCAUCGACGGCCACAACGAUCUGCCGUGGAAUAUUCGCAAAUUCCUCCACAAUCGACUCAAAGACUUCAAAUUCGAUGGGAAUCUCCGCGAGGUGGCGCCGUGGUCGAACAGCGCAUGGAGUCACACGGAUUUACCUCGUCUGAAACGCGGACAGGUGUCAGCACAAUUUUGGGCGGCGUACGUGCCGUGCAAUUCGCAGUACAAGGACGCUGUGCAGCUGACCCUCGAGCAGAUCGACGUGAUUAGAAGACUGACCGAACUCUAUCAACCCUCACUGACGCUGUGCACGUCGGCGGAAGAAAUCAAAAACGCGCACAGUAAAAACCAAGUGUGUUCUUUGAUCGGCGUCGAAGGCGGGCAUUCGCUCGCGGGGAGCUUGGGAGUGUUGCGAUCGCUGUAUCACGUGGGUGUGAGAUAUUUGACGUUGACUUCGUCAUGCAAUACUCCAUGGGCGGAAUGUUCCAAUUCGAAUUUACCGCCUGAUAAUGGUGGGCUUAAUAAUUUUGGAAAAAUUGUGGUGAAGGAAAUGAAUCGCCUCGGAAUGAUUGUGGAUCUUUCACAUGUGUCAGUGGCGACGAUGCACGAUGCGCUAGCAGUGUCAAAAGCACCGGUUAUAUUCAGCCACUCGUCUGCGCAUGCGCUUUGUAAUUCGACGCGGAAUGUACCCGAUGCAACGCUCCGCAAGGUGGCGCUCAACAAAGGCAUCGUGAUGGUGAACUUCUACUCGCGGUUUCUAACCUGUAAGGACGUCGCCAGUGUAUCGGAUGCAGUCGCGCACAUAAAUCACAUCCGAGAGGUGGCCGGCGUCGAUAACGUCGGUCUGGGUGCUGGCUACGACGGCAUCAAUUUCGUCCCGCAAGGACUGGAAGAUGUGUCGACGUAUCCGACGCUAUUCGCUGAGUUAAUGGCGACUGGGAAAUGGACGGUGGAUGAUCUGCGCAAACUCGCCGGGCUUAAUUUUCUACGCGUCAUGCAGGAAGUGGAAAAAGUGAGGGAUGAAUUCAAAAAGGCGAAUGUACCGCCGUAUGAAGAUGUCAUGCUGCCACGACCCAAGGAAAACAAUUGCACAUCGGCUGACAGUUUGAAAUAAGAGAUCUAACCUCAACUUGAAGCUAUGAAUCAAUUUUUAAUCAAAGGGAUGAAAAGAAAAUCAUUAAAACUAGCAUAAUUUCACUAACAAUAAUAACGAGAUUUACGACCCGCAACAAUAAUCAAAACGACCAUUCAGUAUUCUUCCCUGGCUUUAAAAACAUUAAACUUUUAGAGAGAAAAAUGCUAAAUUUCGACAAUUUUUGCUUCUGAUUCGGAAAUUAAUGAAAUUCAACGUGGAGUUAAUAAGCGACCGGUGCUAACUGAUUAAUUAAUAAUUAUUAUUACGAUUAAACGGGAUUUUAAAUCGAUGAAUCAAUUAAAUAUGUACUUAAAGAACGCUGAAUCAAAUGAUAAAAAGAAAAAAACUUUAAAAAAUAAUGAAAAUAUAAUUCAUACGAUAUAUUUUGGUGAUACUCGUAUAUCAGCGCGUAUUUUUCCAAUGAUGCAUUUUAUAACGUUUCUAUUGCCACAUGUAUUCAUAAUAUUUCCUAAUCUCUAGAGAAAUUUAUUGUUAGUUACUUGUGAUGACCAUGAGGUUAGGCAACCAAACAUGCAAACAACUUAGGUUAUGUUGAUGUUUCACCUUUUAAUCUUUAUUAUAUUCGACACACACGAAAUGUUAAUUGUUUGUUACUCUAGUCAAAUGUUACAUUACCAUUCAGUAUUACAUUCAUCAAAGAAGAUAAUGACUGAUACACUAAUCUUAAAUAUCUUGAAAAUUAUCGGUAAAUCCUAAUCAUGAAUUAUUCAAUGUGGGCCAAAGUACAUCAGCCAAACUGACAGCAAGAAACCAAACUGCUAUGCAUAAACAAACACGGAAUUUUGCACAAAAUAAAUAAGAUAAAUCGUAAAUGAAUAAAAAUAAGGCGUGAGAUUCAGAGAUAAACUUAAAAAUUAAAUUAAUCAAAUUAAAAACCUUUAAAAACAUGGUUAACAACCAAUAAAUGAUCUAUUGUAUAUACUAGACUAGGAUAUAUAUGAUAUAUGAUAUAUAUGAUAAUGAUAAUAACGUCUAAAUUAUGUUUUUAGUUGUUUUCUCUUAGUUUUUGUGUGGAUGAGUAUGUAAAUUGUUGUGGAAACUUGUUUUCACACAUCAAAGCAGCGAUUUCUAAACACUUUAAACAUGUAGCAACCACACAUGACAAUGUUAUAUGAAAAUGUUUAAACUUUAAGCAUUCGACGCGUAAAUAAUUCAUGAAACACAAAAAAUGGGAACAAUUUCAUACCAUUUUUUAAAUACUCAGAUAUUUUAUGUUUUCGGGUAUCCUAUUGAAUGCGACUCAAUUCGGAGAUUGAAAAAAUGAUAAAAUUGAAUAUAAAUGAUCCUUAACAUAUCAUAAUUAUAACUAGUCAUCGCAAUUAUGAAGGGAUGAAAAUGGGGCAGUUUCAAUAAAUAUUACAAUGUUUUUUGUUUAAAAUUAGCGUCUUAUUCGGCUUUCGACUGUGAGAAAUGAAAAUGAUAUGCCCUGUGAUGAAGCAAUAUUUGUAUUAUGUUUAUUUGAUUGUAUUUUAUGUGGUUUUAAACUUUUCUUGAGCUUUAUUGUGCGAAUAGUGUGGAUUUAUCAGAGUGUUUUAUUUAUGACCGUAUAAUACUGAGAUUUAUGUGCGUUACCGAUGAAUGAAUAUGAAAAUAUGAAGUCUAUUAUCGAGCAGAUUGAGAGAAGUUUAUAUAAAAUGAAUUUGAUGUUGAUCCGUUUUGAUGGUAUAAUUUGUAAGAAAUACAUUUUUUAGACAAUUA